GCCCUGCCGGACAGGAUCUUGGAGUACGAGGAGAGACCGGAAUGGGGUGAGAUGCAGCACCCGUGGAAUCUGGGUCUAUCUGAGGAGGUGGAUGCGGCCUGGGAGGACUUGUUGUACGCUCUGAAUAUCCGCAUCUCGGAGGACGAGAUGAGCAUCCUGCACGAGAACCGCACCCACAGAGUCAGGGUCAACGGCGGCGACUACGUCGGUGUUCUCGGCGUGUAUCACCACAUGCACUGCCUUUACAACCUUCGGCGGGUGGUGCACUGGGACUACUACGGUCCGCUCUUAGGAGACGCCAAGGACUCGGAGGGGUUCUCCAAGGCGCAUUCAGGCAAGGCAUCACGCACCUCCACUAACUUAGCGCAUCUUACAGACCAUUGCAUUGAUUCUAUUCGCCAAGCUCUCAUGUGCCACACCAACACCGCGUUGUACACGGCGGAGUGGGUGAAGGACUCUCACGACCCCUUCAACAAGGAGCUGAGAUCGAGCGCGGUAACAACGUGUAUAAAGUGGGAUAGCUUGAGUAACUGGGCCAGGAAGAGGGCACUCGUUCCAGGAACUUACACGUAUCUGCCGGGGCCCUAUGAGGGGAAGGAAGAGGCUUGA